GGUAAAUUGACUGACUCAUUGAUUGAUCGGUGGUAAACUAUUGCGUGUGAUCGUGACUUUCGGAUUUGACGUUGUAAAUGAAAGUGUUGCAGCACUGUGUGUACCGUGUGCGUGAUUUGGACCUUGAUUCUUUACAGUGCGAUCAACUUUGAUUUUAAUCUUCAUUCUGUUAGGUUACAGAGACAUCGGUACCAUCCAUCUUGUCGAGAAAAGUGUCAUUUGGAACAGUUAUUGUUUUUCCGAAAAGUGGCGAAAGAUCUUAAUUCUCCGAACGUAUAAGGAGGAAUGUGAAAAAAAUCAACAAGCUUCAUAGAGCCGUGUAAUCUGCCCUCUGUGUGUGUGUGUGUAUGUGUGUGUGUGUGUACCAACUGGAGCUGUCAUAAAUGUACACAUUCUAUAUAGAUUGCACGAUCUAUGCUCGGUUAGUGGGCCGAUUUACUCAAGACAAGUGAUCGUAUCUGACGCGCGGCAGUGAAUUGACAUUAAUCAUCGUCGCGCGGUGUUGUGCGCUCAUCGACCGUCUAAAGAGCUAGUGCCGCAUUCUUAUUCGACGGCGAGCUUCCUCACGCUAGCAGGUGAUCAUGGCUAAUCGGGGUACAGCCCAGAGGCCAAAUGGUUCAACACAAGGGAAGAUAUGUCAGUUUAAGCUGGUGUUACUUGGAGAAUCUGCUGUGGGAAAAUCAAGUCUUGUCUUGAGGUUUGUGAAAGGACAGUUCCAUGAGUACCAAGAAAGUACUAUUGGAGCUGCAUUUUUAACACAAACUGUAUGCCUGGAUGAUACAACUGUAAAGUUUGAAAUUUGGGAUACAGCAGGGCAGGAACGUUAUCAUAGUCUUGCACCAAUGUAUUAUCGUGGUGCGCAGGCAGCCAUUGUUGUAUAUGAUAUAACAAACCAAGACACAUUUGUACGUGCUCAAACGUGGGUGAAGGAACUGCAACGACAAGCCAGUCCAAGUAUAGUUAUAGCACUAGCUGGAAAUAAAGCCGAUCUUUCAAAUAAAAGAGUUGUAGAAUUUGAUGAAGCUCAAACUUAUGCAGAUGAAAAUGGCCUUCUUUUCAUGGAAACUUCAGCCAAAACAGCAAUGAAUGUUAAUGAUAUAUUUUUGGCAAUUGCUAAGAAACUUCCAAAGAAUGAACAAUCAGGAAAUGCAAGUACAAGUGGUCAAGGUCGCCGAUUAGUUGAGACAGAAGGACAAAAGGCAGCAACUGGCAAUUGUUGCAAGUGAUUAUCCAAAUCUAUUUGUACCAUAAUCAACAAAUAUAAAUACACCAUGAGUGUGUCUGCAAUGAAUAUAUAUUUGAGUGGAAUAUAAAACAAUCAGAAAAACCACUAUAUUGGAAUGGGAGGUGAACUGUGCAGGACGAACAUUUUUCCUGAGUGAUCAAUGAAAAAAAUGCGUGUAUCACAUUGCAUUCAACGAUAUAUCAUCUAUUUUGAGUAUCAGAACUGUCAAAAAAAGAAAGAAGAAAAGAGAGACAGAGACAGAUUAAGCUCCCAUUUGUAAUUCUAGUAGUAAUGGGCGGUGUUCGUUAUAAAUAUAAAAAAAUAAAUAAAUAUAUAUAUAUAUAUAUAUACACUUACAUAUAUAUAUACAUAUAUAUAUAAAUACGAUUACGAUAUAAAUCAUAUAUAAUAAAUAUGAUUUAUGUAAUAAGUAAUGUUAAUGGUAAUAAGUAAUAAUGAUAAUAUUAAUGGUAACAUUGAUAAAUAAUAAUAAUAAUAAUAACACUAAUAUUAGUAACAAUAAUAUACAUUUAAAACAUACAAUGUAUGAUGAAAUUUUGGCACGCAAAACGUCUUGUAAGAUAGUACGCCAUUCCUGCUGCUAUGAUUACCUAUGUAUUUACUUUCUUAGUUUGUAAACAUGUAUAACAAAAUCUUGCUCCAAAAUGUAUUGUAUAUUAAUUUUAUUCAAUAAUUCAUGAUAAAUUAUAAAUGAUUACGCAAGAAAAAAUAAACUUGUGAAUAUUA